ACAAGUCUCUUGAUUGGUGUGGCGCGUCACUCUUCACCUAUUCACCCUCCAUUGCCCUCCCAACGCUGCAAGACAAACAAGCAAGCAGAGAAAACACAAAACUGGAUCAAAUGAUUCCAUUCUCACACAGAGACAAAUGGUGAAUAACAACCACUACUCAUUUCAUAAUACCCAAUAAACAUAUUUCAAAUAGACCCAUGAUUCGUCUCUUCUGGCCUUUCGGCCUUAUUAUAUCUGCAUCAAUUCUCUUCCAUCAUUGAACACUUCCACUCCUCUUUUGCUCAUAAAUCAGGGGGAAAAAUGGCUUUAUUGGGUGCUGAAAAUGGCAGUGAAUACAAAGUUGAUGUUUUCUCAUCGUCGUCUGAGUUACUAGGGAAGCUACAACAGAAGUGGAAUGCAGUGAAAAAGCCACCAUACCCAGCAAUGUAUUCCAGCGUCUUUGGUGGAAUCAUUCUUGAUCCUGCUAUGAUGGUUAUUCCGAUAGAUGAUCACAUGGUUCAUCGAGGGCAUGGGGUGUUCGAUACAGCCAUUAUUCUAAAUGGAUAUCUUUAUGAGCUGGAUGUCCAUCUGAACCGCUUCCUAAGAUCAGCAUCAAAUGCAAGGAUCUCCCCUCCCUUCCCUCAAUCGACUCUUCGAAGCAUUCUUGUGCAACUGGCUGCAGCGUCAAAGUGCAAGAAAGGAACUCUAAGGUAUUGGUUGAGCGCUGGUCCUGGAGAUUUCUUGCUUUCACCAGCAGGAUGCCCAACUUCUGCAUUCUAUGCUGUCGUAAUUGAUGAGGACUUUUCACAAUGCAAAGAAGGGGUAAAAGUGAUAACAUCGACUAUCCCCAUGAAGUCUCCUCUGUUUGCCACGAUGAAGAACGUAAACUACCUCCCAAACGUGCUGUCGAAAAUGGAAGCUGAAGACCAGGGAGCAUUCGCUUCUAUCUGGAUUGAUGAGGAAGGCUUCAUUGCAGAGGGUCCUAACGUGAAUGUGGCUUUCAUCACCCAUGAUAAAGAGCUUGUCUUGCCUUCGUUUGAUAAGAUCCUUAGUGGGUGCACUGCAAAAAGGCUUCUUCAGUUAGCGCCUAAAUUGGUCGAGCAAGGGCGCCUAAAAGGUGUCAAAACUACUAAUCUUACAGUGGAGGAAGGCAAAGGUGCCGCUGAAAUGAUGUAUGUAGGAAGCACACUUCCUCUGCUGCCAAUCAUCACAUGGGACGAUAAACACAUUGGAGAUGGAAAGGUAGGGGAGCUGACGAUGGAACUUUCUGAUUUGCUUUGGGAUGACAUGGUAGCCGGCCCUGAUACGCAGAGGUUGUGCGUGCCUUACGAGUGAUGAAAUGUGCCUUGCAGCUUCAAUCAAGAAGGCAGCUAGAGGAAUGAUUUCUACAAGCAUUUAUCCAUCUGAAUUGUGUGUCAUUCUUCAGCCCUUGAUUCCUUGAAUUGUCACUUUUCUGUUAUGAAUAUGAAAAAAGAAUUGUUGAAUAAAAUUCGAAGCCUUCUUUGUUGUUUGAA